AUGCAUUUUUACCUCCUCUCUACUUGCAUGCAUCUGGAAAGGCAAUGACCUGCCAAACCUUAUAGAUGAGAGUUUUUGGAGCGAUGAGACAUUCUGCAGAGAAAACAAGCUUUGGCUAGCAUUGGCCAAGACCAGGGCAGAGAAAGCUGCUUGGGAUAAAGCAAGGGAGAUGAAGGUGAAACUUGUUACUUUAUGUCCUGGACUUCUCAUGGCACCAUCUUUCCCAAAUGCUCAUCUUGAAACUUCUAUUCCAUACCUCAAAGGAGGUCAUUUCAUGCUACGGCAAGGACUUUUAGCAACUGAAGAUGUUAGUAAAGUGGCAGAAGCACAUAUUUAUGCUUAUGAAGAUAUGGACUAUGGAGCCUAUGGAAGAUAUAUUUGCUUUGGAAAAAUAAUUGGAACAAUGGAAAAAGCCAUACAACUUGAAAAUGGCUUGAAUAUGCAUGGUCAGUUAUCUGGGGAUGAAAACCUUCUUUCAGUAGAAGUGGACAACGAUGAAAUUCCUCCCAGAAUUACUAAGUCAAAGCUCAGUAGGUUACUAUUCCGUGCGUCACAACGCCGUUCUUGCAAACGGUGAUUAGAAAACCGUUACUGUAAUUUAUAUCUCUCAUUUUGCAACGGUUUUAUGCGAAUAGCUUAAUCAAUUUUGAAUAUAAAUUGAGUUUCUGUA